AUGCUCAAGUCAAAAUGGGCAACACAACCCGACGAGGCGGAGAAGGCUGCGGCACCAGCCGUCACGGCUGCUCAGCCAGGAACAACACCAGCAUCAGCCGCACAGGCUACUUAUGCACCGCAGAAUAACAACACGUCUUAUGACCCCGCAUUCGACGACCCGUCAAUAGAUCCAUUCGCUCAAACUGCAAGUACCGACGAUCUCUUCUUUGAUGACGACAUCACGCCCAUUGCCGAUCCAGUUGUCGAGCACAAUCCGCCAGAGUUGCAAGCUUCAGCCGCUGAAUUCGUGCCCGAACAAGCAAAUGCGCCUACGGCACCUCAGUCGCAUCUGACCCCUCACCCUCCAAGAGAGCCAAGAGGUGGCGAUAGGGGAGGUCGUAGUCGUGGAAGAGGAGGAAGGGGCCGUGGAAGGGGUCGUGGCGGACACAACACCGAUAUUCGGUUAGAGCAGAACGAAAAGAAGGCACUCGAAGCGCCCAAAGCACCCAAGGAGGCCGAACCAGCUCCUGCAGCCAACAUCACUACCGAAGCUUCCGACCCUUCAGGUACUCCAGCUGCUCCGACUGAGCCCAAGGAGAAGCCUACGCACUCUGUGCGCGGUGACCGAACCUUGACGGGUGGCGCUGCUCGUACACGUUUGACGGAAGAGGAGUUGAAUGCAAAACUCGCCAACAUGCGCAUCAAGAAUGAAGCUCGGCAAAGCGCCCACGCUCGUGCAGAGGCCGACAAGGGCAAUUUCGAGGCUCGGGAAGCCGUUAUGCAGAGACAGGAUGUGGAACGUAAGAAGGCACUUGCUGAAAAACAAAAAGCCGAACGCCAGAGUCGCCAGCAGAUGAUGGGUGAACGCGAAAAGAACCGCCAGCGCAAGUUGAAUGCUCAGCAGGGCCGGGAAUGGGACUUCGAGAAGGAAGAUGGCUUUUCCGGCACCGGAGAGGAACGACGGCGAGGUGCUGCUAGGGGUGCACAUGGUGGAGUUGCCCCUUUGAGACCUGUCGACAAUGCAUUUGCCGGUGGGGACAACCAAGAUUCUAUGGGUAUAUCCGUCCGCGGAAGAGGCAGAGGUCGAGGCGGCAGAGGAGGUCGUGGUGGGCGCGGUGAUUUCGAGGGACCAGGGCCGAGACCCACACACACUAAGAAGCGCGAGGACGUCCUGCCUUCCGCAUCAGAUUUCCCAGAGCUACCCCCAGCGAAAGGAAAACCCGAGGAGAUCAAGCAGACUGAACCUGAGCGUCCUACUAUCCAAAAGCAAGAUUCAUUCGGCUUGCCGUCCCCAAUGGAGAAAGGUCGCAGCUGGGCCGAUGAGGUGGGCUCGUAG